GUUUCGUAAAAAAAAAAACACGAAAACGAAAUAAAAUAUAUUCUUGUUUAAAUUAAAUUAAUACUAGAAUACUAAUCACAACAGACAUUAUUGUAUACAUUUUUAAAUGCAAUGGUACUAUUAAAUCGAUAUCAUAAUCUCAUAAUUAAAGAAUAGAGUCCAAUUAGAAUCACGGGCUAUGUUUACGUUUUUAGAUUUAAAAAAAUAAGAAUUUAAUCUUAUUAUGAGGUGCAGUGUCUUAAAUUGUUCUAAUGACACAAGAAAAACUUGUAAAAGCGAUGGAAUUACGUUCCAUAUUUUCCCCAAAGAAGUAAAUCUCCGCAACCGAUGGGUGGAAGCUCUCGGCAUGGGAGACUGGGAGCUUAGAGAACGCAGCUCUGUGUGUUCUGAACAUUUCCGUGUGGACGACUUCUACGAGACAAGAGCCGGGAUGAGGAGAAUUAGAAGUGGUGCUGUGCCGAUGCCUUUUAAGGUUUGCAGAAUCUGCCUCGCAAUGGACACGAAGAUGUAUAAUAUAACGGAAUCCAAACUGGAUGUUAUGUUUCAAGAGAUCACGGGAUUAGUUGUAAGGUUGGUCAGACGGCUGCCCCAGCGAGUGUGCUGGGAGUGUGCGGCCCGGCUGUCGUCCGCGUACCAGUUCCGAGAGAAGGCGGUACGGAGCGACGAACUACUGCAGGAAUUAAUACAACCGGACUCUUAUCUAAAAAUACGAGACAUAAAACUAAUAAAUAGAACCCAGAACAAACUAACAUCCAACUUAAUACAUAAAAUAUAUGAAGCUGAAGACAUAGACUUACACAUACAAGAUUAUGACAUUAAAACAGAAAGUAUACAGGAAAAUAUGGAUAUACUGCACACAGAAGCUAUGGACAUUGAUGUUAGUGCGCUACCUACAACUGGUGUUGAGAUCAAAGAUGAAAGUUCAAACGGAAUCUUCUUUGAUGAAUAUGAUCACUUUGACGAUGAGGAUGAUAGAGUUCUAAGUGAAGUUUAUGUGGAGAAGAAAGAACCGUUGCCUGAAAAGAAGAAAAGAGUUAAAUUGGUGAAGAAAGUUAGCAGUAAUAGUGGAAGUAAGAAGAGUGUUGUUCAAACUAAUGAUCCGUACGCUACUAGUGAACGGUACAAAACAAAUGAUGUAAAACGCAGACGUAGUAAUGAAUUAGACGAAUCAUUGUUCACGAUAACGCCGCUGACAUACGACGAACAAAUAGAAGAGGUUGCUAAGAGACAGCAGAGUACAAACUAUACUAGCGCCCCCUACAAGUGUGUUAUUUGUUAUCGGGGGUUUUUGGUUAAAGGCAGGUAUACUGCUCAUGCCGUUAGGCAUAGUGAGCAAAGCGGUACAUUUGAGUGUUUUAUAUGUAAGACUCGGCUGAAGACUAGUCGCGCGCUCCGCAAGCACCUCACGUCGCAACAUACGGAGCAGUACAGUUGUAACGGAUGUUCGUUCGUCACUAGGAAUCGGGGCGUCGCGAGAGAGCACCAGAAAUGGCACGCAGGUCACAAAUACCAGUGCCCACACUGUGCCAGCGAGUUCGAUAAAUUGACAACAUAUUUGGGCCACAUACGGAUCAAGCAUGUGUCGGACAUAGUAUGCGAGAUAUGUGGCUAUAUGUUCGUCAGUAAGAAAGGUGUCGAGGUACAUAAAAAGAAGAAACAUCAUAUGAGUGGGAAAAAUGUCACACUAGAUGGGCCUUAUUGUCAAAUAUGUGAUGUGAAGUUUGCGUCGGAAGAAGCUCAUGAUAGACAUUUGAAAUUAUCUGCGAGACAUAGCAACGAGCAUGGAACCAACCCCCCUCGGAACGACUCGCAGAGUAACCACGGUCACUCCAUGAGAAGGAACGAGCGGCGCCCUAUAAUACACCCGCGGACACCGAGACCUGAUGAUGAUUUGGAAUCGCAAUCUCCCGUCACUUGUGAACAGUGUGGCCUACAACUGCGGGACCUGAGAGUGUACGCGCAACACUUUAGAAGAGCUCACCCGGACAAGAAUCGAACCAAGUACCCCGCGAUGAAGACCCCUUGUAUGUGUGAGCAGUGCGGGAAGAUAUUCCAGAGUAUGGCCUUACUAAAAGACCACAUGUGGGUCCACACGGGAGUGAAGCGGUUCAAAUGUGACCGCUGUACGAAGAGCUUCACUCAGAAAACCAAUUUGAUCAUACAUAUGAAGGUACACAGCGGGACCCGGCCGAGCUACGAAUGUCCGCUGUGUGGGAAACAUUUCGCGUUCUAUAAUAACCGGAGAAGGCAUAUGUUUAUACACACCGGCCUCAAACCAUUUAAAUGUGAUACGUGUGGAAAAUGCUUCACUUCGUCUGGAGAACUGAAGGCUCAUGUGGAACAUGUACAUUUGAAGAAGCCGUGGCCUAAACGGGCUCGGCAGAGGGCGAGGGAGUGGAAGUGUGACGAGCCGAGCAUCGAAGAUUGAUGCUAACGGUGGUAUGUUAGAAGUUUAAGUAAUUUAUUUGGAUUUGUAAUGUUAUUGGUGAAUUAUGUGUGUUGAGGUGCUGAUAGAUUUGGUUAUAGUAUGAGUUUGUUUUACGUUUAACGAAAAGAGAGAAAUAAAAAACAUUUAUUUUACACGCAAAAACACCAAUGGUGAGUAGAUACAGUUUGUACAGAGAUUUCGCAAAUUUCGUACUACAAUUCCAUUUAUUGCGAACUUUGAAUGAAUGAAUGGAAUGAAGAUAAAUAAAUGUUUUGAUAUGAAAUUUAAAAAAAAAACGUUAUUAUAAGUAAUUUCAUUAGUAAAUCAAUAAAACCUACGGCCGAAGAUUAAACGAGACUUCACAUUCGGGAACCGGAGUAGCCCCACAGUUCAGCAUGUGCAAGACAGGGCCUUGACACUUGUGCUAGUAUUCUACUAGCCCCAAAACCGGAAUGAGAGCGCGUUUGGCAUCUGUACCCUUGUUGGCCGGUCCAUUUAAGCCGGCUAAUCAGAGCGCCGAACGCGCUCUCGUUUCGUUUGAAAUAUUCCACAAUUUUUACGAUAGAAAGCUAAAAAUCUGUCCCCAACCCCUUAAAAAGCGCGUGCUAAGCCGCAAGCAGAAUACUAGUUACAAAUAACCUGGGGCCUUAGGCUGCUGUUACAAUUGUGUCAGAAUGGUCGAUCACUGAUCAGUGCAAGAGGGACGGAGUUAUACAACCUACGUCCCUCCCUACGCUCCGUCCCUCUCGCACUGCGAUAAGGCCCCCUGUUCUUUUAAUGAAUGAUUUCUAUUUCUAAAUGAAUGCUCAAGUGUAUCAGCACCGGCGUGAUGUUUUAUUUAUCAUAUGAGAAAAAGAUGUUAAUAUUAGUUUGAUUUUUUAAGUGCUUGACGAGUAUAAAGUCUCAAAUUUUGUGUAUAACAACACAACAGAAUCUGGGAUUGUGCCCAGUAUAUGGCAAUAGACUCACGUGAAUGGAAAGGGGUGUUACAUUGUAUAUGUACAACCUUUACCUACUGUUAGAUUAUAUAUAUUAUAAAGAUAUAAAAACAAAUGGCUUCCUAAGACAUUUUUGUACUAAAAUUAAGUAGUAUAUAAUUUAGGUUUAGCCUAGUUUUGAUCUCAGUUCUUUUGGGCCUAUAGUCUAUAUGUAUACUUAUAUAUACUUAUUAUAAAUUAAAAAAUGUAUUUAAGCGUGUAACUCCUAAACGACUGCACGGAAUUGUGUGAUUUUAUUGUUGUGUAGUUAAUGCUUAUUGUCCACGUUGCGUCAAUUGACGAAAGCAUGCAAUAGACAAAAACGAUAGAAGGAUUUCACGUUGCCGCUUCAUGGACAGUUUUCAGUGUUUCUAAGCAUGACACAAGUUUUUGUAAUUGUUUUUAAAGGAUGCAUGCAUUCGUCAAAUGACGCAAUGCGGACAGUUAGGCUCUAUCGGACUGCACGUUUGAUUUGCAGACCUAUUGCAGUCGUGUCAAUUGCAUUGAAACUGCAAUUUUCAGUUGGAUUGCAGUUGAAAUGCAUAAAUUAAUUAUACAUAUUUUAGAAUACAUUUUUUUACACAAUGGCGUUUCUGUGAAAACCUAAACUGAACCCAGAGCGUUUGGAUUAAGAUCGGUUAUUGAAUAAGUAAUCACGGAUGUUCACAGCUUAAAAACAUAAGUACAAUUUUAUUUUGUACUACAGAAAUUAAAUUAUGUUAUAUUUUUUAUUAUUUUAAAGGCGUGAAAUAUGUAUGUUUAGGUACAUGAUAAUAAUACUCAAAAUUAUGUAUAUUUUAGUUAGUAUUCUUGUAUUUUGUGGAGAUUAGGAGCAAACUAUUGUGUAGCAAUCCAUGAAGCAAGUACAAAGAGGAGAUGCCAUAAUGUGAUUGUGCACUGUGACACAAACACGGCCCUGUCCAAUGAUAUUAUAAGUAAACAGGUGUAGAUAGGUUAUAAGCGCUCAGAAAGUGGCACAUUAAAAUGUGGACAAUUGGCAACGUGUUUGUAGUAUGGGACCGCUAGAUGGGAAAUAGAGAGGGGCGUGGUUUGUAACGUCCCGCGCUCCCCGUAAAGUGUCACACAUUAUGUUAAAGGGAAAUCCAGUUAUGACAUCUCCUCUUUGUAUUUGCUUUAUGGUAGCAAUGGACUGUCAAAUGCUGUUUAUGUUAAAUUGAUCUUAAAAAAUUACUUUUAAUUUAAGUAUUCUAUUCGAAUGAAGGCUCAUUUAUUUUAUAAUGAAUUUUCAAUGCAAAAAAUCAAUUUAAAAUCAUUAAAUCCUUUAUUAAAUACCUAUCAGUGUUUUAAAAAAUGAUUUUAUUUACUGGAAGUAUGUUGUUGAAAUAAGUUGGCCUAUUAGUAUGAUUGUAUUAUUUACAAGAGGCUCUUUUUAAACUUGAAAUGUAUGAGCAAAACGCGUUAAUAUUAUGGCUAUAGGAACAGAGUAAAGUUCCCUAAGCAAGGCUUACUCUUGAAUCCAAUUCCGAUCGAUCGACAUUGAUAUUGUGAACGUACUCUUGGGUUUACGCUAGAAAUUAUCGUGACCGUUUUGCUCAUAAUUUCUUGUUUGAUAAUUAUGUUAGUUUCAAUAACCUAUCUAUCCGUAGAUUUGCUUACAAGAGAUACAAUUUUGAUUCAUUUUCGAUAGAACAUUUUUGAGGGGUGAAAAUCAUCCAAUGACUUCUCCUGGCUUGGGUGGGGGAGAGGGAGUGUCAGACUCUUACUAACUAAACACUACAUCGUUCCUACUCCUACGUAAAGCGGUAUUUUGUAUGAAACUUAAAUAAGACGCGGCAGAUCAAAUAAUUCCUCAGAGCCCUCCCCGUGGUAUAAGCGAUAGAAAAUGCACAACGAAGCUACAUCUCUACUCGUAUCUAAUACCCGAAUCUACAGAUAGAUAAGUUAUUGAAAUUGGCCGUUAGUCUUAAAUAUAUAAAGACUUAUAUUUAGUAUAAUUUAUAUUUAAAGUGUAAUAUAUAUUAUGUAAUAAUGAUUAUAUAGAGUGGUGUGAAUUUGUGAAAUAUGAUUAUUAUUUAUUGAAAUGGAAAUUAAAUGAG